GUAGAAUUGAUAGUCAAAGAACACUCAGAUUUGGGAGAAGUGGCCCCGGAAAUAAAAGCAUCUGAAAGAGGAACAGCUUUGGCCAUUGCAGAUUUGGAAUGGAGAGAAAUGGAGGGAGAUGAUUGUGAAUUUCAUUAUGGAGAUGGUUCAAAUGACACUCAAGACAAUGACUUUCCAACAGUGGAGAGAAGCCGUCUUCAAGAAAUGCUGUCACUUCUGGGACUAGAGACAUACCAAAUCCAGAAACUCAGCCUCCAAGAUUCUCUGCAGAUCAGCUUUGACAGCAUGAAGAACUGGGCUCCUCAGGUACCCAAAGACUUGCCUUGGAAUUUUCUAAGAAAACUGCAGGCCCUCAAUGCUGAGGCCAGAAACACCACGAUGGUGCUGGAUGCACCCCCAGACACCCGGCCCGGGGAGAAGGAGGGCCAGAUGGAGGAGGAGUUCCUCUACUGGGACACGGCUGAUGAUGUAGCUGCUGACAUCUACUCCUUCUCUGAGCUGCCCACUCCAGAUACACCAGUGAACCCCUUGGACCUUCUCUGUGCCCUUCUGCUUUCCUCAGACAGCUUCCUGCAACAGGACAUCCUUUUAAAAAUGUUCCUCUGUCAGUUUGCACUCCCUCUCGUGUUGCCUGACUCAGAAAACCACUACCAUAUGUUUCUGCUCUGGGCCCUGAGGGGCCUAGUGAGGACAUGGUGGUCGCAGCCCCUCAGGGGACCAGGGAGCUUCAAAGAGGACAGUGUGAUCCUGCCCAGAAUGCCCACCUUUGCCUUUGUGCGCAUGGACGUGAGCAGCAACUCCAAGUCACAGCUUCUCAAUGCUGUCCUCAGCCCGGGCUGCAGGCCACGUGACUGUUUCUGGCAUCGAGACCUGAACUUGGGUGCCAGCCCACGGGAAAUUGCAGACGGGCUUGUCGAAAUCUCCUGGUUUUUCCCAAGUGGCCGGGAAGACUUAGACAUUUUCCCAGAGCCUGUGGCCUUCAUAAACUUGAGAGGUGACAUUGGUUCUCAUUGGCUGCAGUUUAAACUUUUGACGGAUAUCUCCUCAGCUGUGUUUAUACUGACUGACAAUAUCAGUAAGAAGGAGUACAAACUGCUGUUGUCUAUGAAGGAGUCAAACACGAAAUACUAUUUCAUCUUGAGUCCUUACCGCGGGAAACGGAACACAAACCUUAGAUUCCUCAAUAAAUUGAUCCCUGUGCUAAAAAUUGACUACUCACAUGUUCUCGUGAAAGUCAGCAGUACAGACAGUGAGAGCUUUGUGAGGAGGCUCCAGUCCAUUGUGUGCUGUGUGAUGAGGUCUCCCUGCAGGAGGGUGUCUGUGGAGGACAUGGCAAAUGCAGCCCGUAAGCUGGGCCUAAAAGUGGAUGAGGACUGUGAAGAGUGUCAGAAAGCGAAAGAACGGAUGGAGAAAAUUACCAGGAAAAUCAGAGAUCCAGAGGCCUACAAAAGAGAGGAGCUACGGCUGCAAGGAGAGCCUUGGAGGAAGGUGGCACAAGUGGAAAAGGAGCUCUGCCGGCUUCAGUGGGCUGUAGACCCUCCUGAGAAGUGUAGGUCUGAACUGAGAGGCAGGUUACUGGAGCUUCGGGCACAGCAGAACAGCCUUGAUCCCACCUGGGGGGUGCAGGAGUUUGUUAGGGCCAUCAGCAGCCCCUCGCCAGGUGAGAAGCAGUACUUCCUGAGGUGGAUGGAGCUGGGCCUGGCUCGCCUAUCCCAGCAGAGGCUGAGACCUCCUCCAGAGACUCUUCUUAGCCUGAGGUCCAAGAAUUGUGGGGUUGUAGAUGCUACAGAGGCUCUCUGGCCUGAUCCUCUGGGGGUAGAGCAUUUUCUGCGGGAAAUGGGACAGUUCUAUGAAGCUGAAAGCUGCCUAGUUGAGGCAGGGAAGCUGCCAGUUGGCCAGAGGCGCUUUGCCCACUUCCCAGGUUUGGCCUUAGAGCUGCUGCUGAGGGGUCUUCCACUGGAGCUAGUCGACGGGGGCAGCCUGAGUGUCCCCCUACGCUGGGUCACUGGGCUGCUGAAGGAGCUGCACAUUCGGCUGGACAGAAGGUCACGUCUAGUAGUUCUUUCAGCUCUGGGGGUAUCAGGCACAGGGAAGUCCACACUGCUCAACACCAUGUUUGGGCUGCGGUUUGCCACUGGGAAGAGCAACAGCCCUCGAGGGGCCUUCAUGCAGCUUGUAGAAGUGGCUGAGGGUUUCAGCCAGGACCUGGGCUGUGACCACAUCCUAGUGAUAGACUCAGGGGGUUGGAUUGGUGGGGCCUUGACCACGACAGGGGAGAGGUUUGAGCUGGAGGCCUCCUUGGCCACUCUGAUUAUGGGACUAAGCAAUGUCACCGUGGUCAGCUUAGCAGAAACAAGAGACGUCCCGCUGGCUCUUCUGCACGCGUUUCUGAGGCUAGAGACCACAGGGCACACUCCUAGCUAUCAGUUUGUGUAUCAGAACCUUCAUGGUACAUCUGCCCCCAGCCCUCAGCUGAGAGAUGGAAGGCAGUGCCCAGAGCCGCUGAGUGAUGGGGACCUGGCUGUGACCUGUGGGGAAACACAAGGGGACAGUGUCCAGACACUGGCUGAUGUAGCUUUUGGUGACCCUGAGAAACAACAUGUCUGGCAUAUUCCUAGCCUGUGGCAUGGGGUACCCCCCAUGGCUCCUGUGAGCUUGGGAUACAGUGAAGCCAUUUUUGAGUUGAAAAGAUGCCUGCUAGAAAACAUCAGGAAUGGUCUGUCCAACCAAAACAAAAACAUCCAGCAGCUGAUUGAGCUGGUGAGGCGGCUGUGA